AGAAAUGGCUCGCCACAGAAAACCAGCAAACGCGCCACGUGUAGAUCACAGAGUUUUCUCGUUUUAUUCCCUUACAAUUUCAUUUGUCUACAUGCUCCGAAUAGCUUUUGAGCUCGUCGCCACCGAAACUGUGGAGGCGGAUAUUCAGUGGGAAGUAACCGAGUGUCUUUUUGUGGUUUUCGGUGUUCUUAUCUCAAUUGCACUUCACAAUGCCUAUGAUACGCGAAUUUCCCUCAUCUCAAUUUCGUGGACUAUUUGGAUGUUUAUUAACACAAUUUUCGCGCUUUUCGUCGUGAAUUCCGAUAUUAUUCAGCUUGUCAUCAAGCGAAUUCAGUCGCAAAUAAUUUUCCGCCCGCUGGACAUUGUGAAAUUCGUCCUCGACAUCAUUCACUUCUUCAAUAUCCCGAUUUCGUUGUACUUCAUUUGUGUCUUCUUGGUCUCCUCGAAAACUCACAAGCGGACAACACGUUCCGGCAGGAAAAACAAGAAAAUUGAAGACAAAAACGUCAUCAAAAAGCAAUUUGAAGUGUCGAAUGUGUUUGUCGGCGACGAGAUGGUCUAUUAUGUAUGAAAAAGUCCAAAAAAUCGAUAAUUUCUAUUUUGAAAUUUUUUUUCCCAAAUAAUAAAUAUUUAUUUUU